GCAUGUAUGCAGUUAUGCAGAGGUUAUAUGGUUUAUUUGCAAGCAAAACACAAUAUUUCAUGCAGCAUAUCAACUGUAUUACAAGUUUUAAAAACGUCCUGUUAUUGGUAGCAUAUUGGGACGUAAUUAACCAGUACAACUCUUUUACAUAAACGAAGUUAGCGCGCCAACCGCACAAAUGAAACCCGAUCUAAACACGAGGUUGUUCGCUUCCCCCUCUCAAAGAUCUGGAGAGGGGUCUGACAGCACCCUUUUACGAUGCAUGCCCAUCAUCAAGUGGACACUUAUGUCAUUACCGGCGGCGGAGGUUAUUUUGGCUUCCGCCUUGCUUGCACGAUCUGCAAGAAGUCGUAUAAAAUCCUCCUGUUUGACGUGAGGCCACCUAGCCAGCCGUUGCCAGGUGGUGUGGAAUUUGUACAGGGUAAUGUGUGUGACUACGGGAUGUCCGGCAGAGAGCAGCUCAACCAGAAGCUGACCGAGGAAGUGAACAUUCAGGAGACGGAGAACGUUAUUAAGGCGUGCGUGGCCCUUGGCGUUCCCCGCGUGGUUUUCACCUGCAAUGUGGUCUUUGGUGGACAGGUGAUACAUGGCAGCAACGAAACGCUUCCCUACCUACCCUUACACCUUCAUCCGGACCACUACAUCAGGACCAAGUUGAUAGCGGAGAGGCAGGUUCUGGAGGCGAACGGUGUGCUGUUGGCAGGCGGGAGAGGGGUCCUGCAGACCUGUGCCCUGCGCUUUGCUGGGAUUUACGGGUCUGGAGAGCAGAGGCAUCUCCCCAGGAUAGUGGGUUACAUCAAGUGUGGGCUCUUUAGGUUUGUGUAUGGAAACCCAGGCAGCCUAGUGGAGUUCGUGCACAUCAACAUCCUCACGUCGGCACACGCGUUAGCUGCUGCGGCACUCACGAAGGAGCGCGGCUGCCACGCAGCCGGGCAGGCCUACUUCAUCUCCGACGGGUGGCCGGUUAACAACUUGGAGUUCUUCAGGCCACUGGUGGAGGGUCUGCGUUACUCCUUUCCUAGGCUGCACCUGCCGCUCUCCCUCGUCUACCACUUCGCCUUCCUCACCGAGAUGGUCCACCGCGUCGUGGGCCGCACCUACGACUUCCAGCCCCCUGAAGCGUACAAGACCGCCAUGACCCACUUCAGCACGGGCAAAGCCAGGGUAGAGCUGGGCUAUGGGCCCAGGGGAUACAACCUGGGGGAGGUGGUGGCCUGGUUCAGGAGCAGGGGCCACGGCAGAAAGCGUGCCGCCUCGCCAGCAAAGAGGCUAGCUCUGGAUGUGCUGCUGCUUGCCACCGGUCUGGCACUGGCUCUCUCCUUCCUGCCUCUUGUGUGUUAAUAAAGUACAAUGUCGCAAAAGGCACGUGACAUUCAAUGCUGUCUCCAGUGUGGUCAUGUUCUGACAUCUGUAUCCAGUGUGCCCAUAUUCUGACAUCUGUCUCCAGUAUGGCCAUAUUCUGACAUCUGUCUCUAGUAUACAUUUUUGACACAGGGGUUUUUGUGUGAGAGGUGAUAUCCACUUAUCUAUUGUGAGGGGUCGCUGUAACUUGUGUAAGUGUUAUUUUUCCAGGACACAUGUAUUAUGUCUCUCCAGCACACAUGUAUUGUGUCUCUCCAAGACACAUGUAUUGGGCAGGUAUAUUACAAGGGUAUUUUGGUGUCAAAAGCACUUACUUAUAUGUAUUUAAGUAAUUAUAUAUCUGUGUUGUUUUCUUUUUCCAAAUCCUUAUACUAUGUCUUAUGUUGUGCUUAUACUGGGUUUAAAUGCCACAGACCUGUUACUUCAGAAGAUUAUAUUCACAAAACGUUGUACUGAGCACUGUUGAGAUAAACAAAAUAUGGUACUGGAGAAGUGUCAUACUUGAGUUUUUAAAUGUUUUUCAACCUAAUCUCAGUUGAUCACACAAGUAAUGUAUGGUUAAAUUCCAUGAACAAUCAUUUCAGUGCAUCCAGUUGCAAAACACUGGAAUGUACCAGGAAUGAAGGUCAGAUAAAAGCUGUCUCCUCAUACAUAUGAACGUUGAGACUCGGGUGUAUAAAUCACACGUUAGUAAAAGGCAAAGGAACCGUAUUGUUAAAGGGCUUUUGUGCUCUCUCAGAGAUGGUGUAUUGUGCACUUUAACACUUUAAAUCCACGAUCAGUGGUUGAUCCAGCAGUAUUUAUCACCGCAGGAACCUCUAAUACUGCCUUUCACAUAACGUGACCACUGAAGUUUAAAACAUAGAUACGUCCAUGUAACAUAUAUGUUAUAAAUAGUCUUGGCACUGUUUUCUGCAACUUCUGACUGUGGCUUUGAAGAUCAACCCAGUUCAGCACCUCUCCCUGUCAACAGAAACAACUUUACAAUAAUGUAAUUGUUUACAGUGACA